AUGGGUUCUUUCUGUGCUACGGAGGGGUUUAGAGCUUCAAUUUCGAGAACAGCCUCCUCUCUCUGCGGUUCCUCUGGAAUUUUCUAUGACCAGAGACCCGUGGAAAAAUCUGUUGUUACAAGAGGAAGUGUCUCUACUUCUCCAAAAGAAUGUAUUGGAAGAAUAUCUGGUGAUUCCACAUUUCAAAAUGGAGACCAACAGGUCGAUCAGAACCUCUCUCCAUACAGGGAUGUGGACGUCUUCUUUAGAUCUGACGGAUGCUUAUUUUCAUGUCCCUAUAGCUCCGGCUUAUCGGAAGUUUCUUCGUCUGGUCUGGGAGGGCAAGGGGAACAAUUUCGAACAGAUCUUGGGAUAGUUCUUCCUCCAGAGGAGAAAUUUCUCAAGCUUCAGUAUCUGUUGGAUCAACUACUUUCAGCCAAACAGGCUUCAGCUCGCCAGUUUCUACAACUGAUAGGUUUUCUGAUUUCUCUGAUGGACAUAGUACCUUUAGGUCGUCUUCAUAUUCGCCCCAUUCAGUGGUAUCUUCUGGAAUUUUGGGUACCAGCCUCACAACAGUGGGAAGCUGUUAUUCCCAUUCUUCCCAGAUUGUAUCCUCAUCUUCUGUGGUGGUCAGUGAGAGAGAAUGUUAUGAUAGGUUGCUCGCUAGACCCCCCAGUUCCUUCUAUGACCCUGUUUACAGAUACUUCUCUGACAGGCUGGGGAGCUACCCUGGAGGGCAGAGAGGCAUCAGGGUCAAUCUCUGAUGAUAGCCACAGACAAUACAACAGUAGUGGCUUAUCUGCAGAAUCAGGGCGGCACACAUUCUCAGUCUCUUUACCUUCUGUGCAAAGAAAUUCUGUUGUUUUGCCGUUCCCUGGGAAUUCACUUGUCAGUCAGGCAUGUUCCUGGCAAUCUGAAUCUAGUAGCGGAUGCUCUCUCAAGGUCACUGCAUCCAGUGAAUACAGAAUGGGAGUUACAUCCAGCAGUCUUUCAGGAGAUCUGUCUCAAGUGGGAUCGUCCUCAUAUAGACCUCUUUGCUACGCAUCUGAAUUGCAAACUGCCAACGUUUGUGUCUCCGAUUCCAGACAACAAAGCUUUAGCAGUGGAUGCAAUGUCUUUCGAUUGGAAGGGGAUGUUUUCUUACAUGUUUCCUCCUUUUCGCCUCCUUCCCAAGAUUUUACACAAAAUCAGGGUAGAAAUUUGCAAGACCAUUCUUAUUGCUCCAGCAUGGCCAAAACAAUCUUGGUUUCCAGAUCUUCUUCAACUGUGUUGUGCGAGACCAAUUCUGCUUCCUCUCAGGAAAGAUCUUUUGUCUCAAUUCAAAGGCAGGAAAGUUCAUCAGAAUCUUUCCAACCUCCAUCUACACGCAUGGUUACUGUCAGGGAAUCUCUCAGACAGGAUGGCUUUUCUGACAGAGCAGCCAAACGUAUCUCUAGUUCAGUCAGAAAAUCUACAGGAGCAAUUUAUGACUCUAAGUGGAACAUCUUCUGUUCUUGGUGUCGUUCAAAGGAAAUUGAUCCUCUCGCAGUUACUGUCCAACAGUUAGCUGAGUUUUUAGUUUAUCUGUUUGAAGACAAAGGUUUCUCUCCCUCUACUAUUAAGGGCUAUCGUUCAGCUUUAUCCAGAACUAUAGCUUUGUCAGGAGGUCCUGAUUUUGGGAAGAAUGAGUUCUUGUCCCUCAUGGUCAAGAAUUUUUGUUUGGAACGACCUAGACAACGUAGGUUGGUUCCAUCCUGGAAUUUAGCUUUGGUUCUUAGGACUUUACAAUUUCCUCCUUUCGAACCUUUAUUUUUAGCUUCCUUUAAGUUUUUGACCUUGAAGUGCUGUUUUUUAUUAGCUUUAGCUUCUGGUCGUAGAAGGAGUGAGAUUCAUGCUUUCUCCAUUGCAGAUUCUUGUCUCAGAUUUUCUGCAGAUAAUUCUUCAGUUACUCUGUUGACAGAUCCAUCUUUCUUAGCCAAGAAUCAGUUAUCAGACAAAGGUUCUGGACCUAUUGUUAUUCCUGCUCUACCUAAAUCAUUAGGUAAUCAGGAUUUAUGUCCAGUGCGUACACUUCAGAAAUAUAUUUCUGUUUCGUCAACGCUCAGACCUUCUGGUUCUACUAGACUUUUCAUUCCUAUUAAGAAAGGUCUAAAGGAUAUUUUGGCUAAGACUAUUUCUACUUGGCUUUGUCAUACUGUUAAGAUGGCUUACCAAUCUUCAUCUCCAGAAGCCUUGUCUCGUGUUCAAGUUCAGGCACAUGAAAUUAGAGCCUUGUCUUGCUCCUGGGCUAUUUUCAAUUCCUCCUCUAUGUCGGAAAUCAUGUCAGCUGGUUAUUGGAGGUCUGAUAGUACCUUUUAUAACCAUUACCUUAGAUCUAUGCCCCUUCAUAGUGACAGUUUGUUCUCGCUUGGACCUCUAGUUUCAGCUCAAAAAGUGGUUUUUCCUCCUAGUUGUCAAUCUCAGGGGGAUUCAGCUCUACUUUGAAUUCUGCUUAUCUAAAUUUAUAAAGGUAACGUAUUUAUUGUGAUAAAUUCUAAAUUUUUAGUAUUAAAAUUUGUAUUUGUUAAAUAAAUACUUACCUUUAUAAAUCAGAGGUCCCAACCCACCUCCCCUUCAUCCCCCUUCUAAUUUUUUGUUUUAUG